UGUUGUAUUCCAAUUCCUCUAGAACGUCAAACUCAUUGUUUACAUUUCUUCUUUAAAAUAUCGGAAUUAAUAAACAUACAUUUACCAAGCUUAACAUUAGAUAUCGCAUACAGUUUCUUUUAUUAUCAAAAAUGAAGCGCUUAAGUACCUCUGUACCACAAAAACAUUUGCGUACGCUUACCCCAAAACAUAGCGGGCAGGGAUCAGGCAGUACCUUAGAAAAAGUCGAAUCUCCUUUAAUGAAAGUAGACUCCAAUGGAAACAUCAGCUGCGUUAUAUGUAGGGCUCCACUAAAAUCAGCAAAUAUAUGGAAAGUUCAUGUUAAUUCAAAGGCACAUAAAAGUAAUGUCCAGGCGGCUAAGGAGCUUAAAAUUAAAUUGCUUUACACCAACACUACACUCGCACUCAAUAAAAAUGUUCCUAUGGGGGACUCAAAGGUGCAUGGCCAUAUUGCAACCUCAAACGUGAAGAAGCCAUCCAAUCUCAUUGAGUGUAAACCCAAAGUACAAACUCAAAUAAUACAAGAAAAAUCAUUUAGACAGUCGGAGACCAUUGCGCCCACACUACAUGAUCCCCUUCCAGAGGAAUUUUUCGAUAAACCUGCCACUGCAACUACAAAAUCAAAUAGUGCAGACGACAAAGAUAAAGAAUGGGAACUUUUCCAAAAAGAGAUCAAAGAGGUAACAGAAGCAGCCAAUGAAAUAUUCGCAGCUGAUCAAAAAGAAUUGGCCGUUGAAAAAGAAAUCAUUGAGAUAGAUGAGCAAAUUCAGCAUUGGUCAAAAGUUCUAGAUUUGGAAGAAAAGCGAAAAAAACUAAGCAAUAAGGGUAUUGGUAAGAAUAAGAUAAAACAAAUAAUGAAUGAAACCGAAGAAGCUUCUUCGGAAGGUGAAGAUUUCGAAGAGUAUACAGAUUGGAGAUCAAAAGAAUUUAAAUAAAAAGUAGUAAAUUUGAAACACAAUUUGUUCUCAUUAUACUCUUUUAUGUUACAACCAAUCGACAUGUGUAAAUGAGUCUCAAAUGGGCUACCAUAGAGAUUAUUUGUUCUAUUGAAAUUGUCGCAGUUUAAUUUUUUUCAAAAAUAGUGUUUUAUUAAGAAUAUUAUAUGUAAUAAUAAAAUUAAAGAAAGUGGCUUUUGUUCAACAUUUCCGCAUAAAUAUUUCUG